GUUCUUGGAGUGUCUGUUUAUCUCUGCUGUGAAUAACCUGUUCCUCCAUAUUAGAUUCACGUGGAUUUUGGGUUCCUUUAUGAAGAUCAAUCCUGAAAAGAAUAUCUAAAGCCACGAAUGGUCUGCAACCUCACUGCUGAGAUAUGACAGAAUGAUUGUGGUAUUUUUACAUUAAACUCAAGAGGGAAAAUGGACGUUCUCUGUCUGAUGCUUUUAUAAUGCAGGAAAAUUCCAAUAUCUUGUCAAAAGAAGGAGAAUUAAUUUUGGAAAUUAAUCAGAGAGCCGACUAAUGGUGGUGUGGAAUUCUGUUUUGGUGUUACUUUGAAAUCCUAUUCUGACCUGCUCCAGUAAUCCUUCAAUGAUGAGGAAGCAAAAAGGAAAAUUGUUAUGGAUGGAAGUAUUCAUGAUACACUUCAAGUUUAACCCUGUUUGAGAGCAAAGCUCUUGCUGAUAAUGACUUGUGUAUGUUUUAAAGAGAACAUAGGAACUUGACAAAGAUCAGACAAUGAAAACGCAUGGCUGAAGAACUAGACUGCUUUCUGUGUAAAUGUGCCGUGCAGUAUGUUCAGAAGCUAGACCUGUUGAAUGAGAAGAUGGUACCAACAGGUGGAAAUGACUUGGAUGAACAAGUAAAACUCCAACAGGCUAUGCUGAGACGACAAGAAUUGCUGGACAAAAUAAGACAUGAGCAGUUAGUUAAUGAGGAUCACGGCCGUCGCCCCCGAUCUCACAGUGCCAGGCGACGUUACACCCCCUCCCCCCUCCCUCCCCCACCGUCUCGAAGGUCAUUGCCAGAUUUCAACAGGAACCAGUCGUAUCGGGACGAUAAUAACAACCCCUACAGAGACAAAGAUAUGUCCCAAGUGAAACAUAUAAUUGAACACAGAGUUGCUACCCCAAAACAGUAUCACCUACCCCCCAUACAGAACCCUCCUCAGGCGCCGGUUUCCUACCCCCAGUCCUACCCCCAGCACAUUAUACAGCAAGUCCCACAGCCUGUCGUACAGAACCUGGUGCCAGAUCAGAGACAAGGCAUGUUUAACAAAGGAGAUUGGAUGGAGAUGAUGAUGAUGCAGAACCACCAGAUGCAUCAGUUGGUGGUUCAACAGAUGAUGUUACACAGUCUUCCAGGGGGCAGAAUGACUCAGGCCCCUGUAACAUACAUGUCUGAACCUACAGUUGUGAGAUCACCGGUGCCUCCAGCUGUCCAUCAUCAUCACUACCAGAUGUCCCCGCCCCCUCAACCCGCUGUCCAUCACUACUCUGCAUUACCUCCCCUUGAACCAAAUGGCCAAUCUCUCCCACAGCCAGGGAGAAUAGUCUCACCAGUGAGGGUUGAAGGACCACCUCGGGUUAUUGAGCCUCGGGCCAUAGCGGUUCCUGAGCGUCAGCCCACUUUGGUUUCUCCCCAGCCAGGAGCCAGACGAUCGGUAAAGAAAACAAAUAUAUCUUUCCCAGGCCCUAGAGGCCUGAGAAAGUUUCGCCAUGUUGCUUAUGCUGCUUGGUUCAUUUCUUCACUAAAAGCACUUAGAGAAAAGAAUGCGGGGAGUCGACCAAGUAGUGUAUUUUUAUUUGGAAUUAUUUUGAAAGAAAUAGUUGCAGCUCUUCACAGAAUAUACCUCAAUCCUAGUGGAAACAUCUACCCUGUUCUAGCUGAUGCAAUAAACCCCAAGGCCUAUGACCUGUCUAACUUGGUCCGUGGGAGAGUGGGAGACAAGGAAGGACAGACCAUGAUACAGGAACUACAGUAUAUAGUGGAGAACCUGGUGUACCACAUCACGGAGAUAAUGCCAAGCACUGGUGUACUGGGAACUCACAGAAAGUCUGCUGUGUUUGAACUCAUCAGGAACGGAAAGAGAUUUCCUGAUGGUUACUUCUGGCAAGUAGAGCUGGACAGACUACAAUUCUCUGAGAAUGGUAGAACCACUAACAUUGGAGACCCAGAAGCUUUCAUGCUGAUUAUUGGCAUCUUCCUGUCAAGAAGUCUUAUCACAACUCUCUUAAUGAAGCCGGUUGACUAUGGCUUGUCCAAUCAGCAGCUGUCAGAUGUUGCUGAGCGUAACCUUAAGGUCAUUGCCACAACGAUGCUGUACCUGGUGAGACGAGUGUCAGUCUCGCGUGGUCGUGCCUUGAUGAGUAUGCCUGGUGAGAUAUCCAAGUACCUGUAUACAGAUGAAGAGAUGAGACCAUUAUACAGUAGAAUCGCUAAAUCUUUCAACUAUGCAGAGGGUCUGUUGAGGGAGUGGGGACAAGAAUACAUCAAACGACUCAGAAACGCUCCCACCCUAAAGAACUGAAAUUCUCCUCCAUCGUGUAGUGAAUAUUUGUGCCACAGCAUGGGAGAUAAUGCAAUAAUCCUUUGACCAUGCCUAGAAACUUUCUCUCGCUCUUUAUUCAAACUGAGAUAGCUACAAGGGCACACAAAGGAAAUGCAUAAUCCAUAAUUGUUGUAUGUGCGAUUGUCAAGAGAUUUUAGUUUCCUUGACAGUAGAUUUUCAACUACUGUAAUAAGAAGCUACGUCUUCAUCAAUAUCUAGAAUGCUGGGUCUUCUAAACUUUGUCAACACAAGUAUAGGCUUAUAUAGACAAUGUGAGGAUCAAUGCGAUCGAGUUUGCCCUUGAGAUAGAAAACACCAUACCAUUUUAAAGUCUGAUUAAGACAAAACACAACUAGGUAUUAGAGUGCGUAAAAAUCCUCUUCAUCUAUUGCUACAUUUUACAUGUAUAAUUUAAAACAGCCUUGUUGAAAGUAGUGAUUGAUUUGAGGUUUUCUCCUACUGAACUAUUUUGCUUUUUUUACUGGCAAUUGUUACAGUACAUGUGUGUGUUACACAAUUCAUUAUGAUUUAUAAGUCUUUCAGUGUGGAUACUUUUGAAGCUAUGCAAGGCAUGUUAUCUAAUACAAUAUUAAAUGUUUCUUUAAAUAUUAACACAGAGAGUAUUCAGAAACUGAUGCAAAAAUUGCAUAUUAGUCUGUGACGUCAAAGUAUUUUUUUCACCCUUGUUUGCAUUUGGGAUCAUCACAUGCUUUUUUAGCAUGUACCUACUAGAAAAUUUCUAAAAAUGUCUAAAAAUAAUAUUCUACGUAUAAAAAAUUUAAAUUGUUCUCAUAAGAAUGAUCAAAUUCUCUUUCGAAAUACAUCAUGAUGAAAACCAUGGAAUCCUUGUUUUACACGAGUACUUAAUUCUGCGAUUGAACCGUUUUGUAUCAAAUAGUGAGAACAUAAAAUCACAAACACCGAAUUUGUAACAUAGUUCUAUUUAGUUUAUAUUUGUCCAAAAAAUAAAAACGAGAUUUUCAAAUCUGUGAGAUGUGCCUCUCACAAAUUUACUUGAACAUAAAUUCUUUGGGUUUAUUAUUUAUCAAUUGGGAAUCUACAGUAAUGGUCAGCAAGUGAAAGAAAUGUAACUGUCAAAGUAAAUAAAUCUGUAGCAUGCGCGGAUCUAGAGGGGGGGUCGGGGGGGUCCCGACCCCCCCUGGAAAAUGAAAAUUUAUUAAAUUUACAUAGUAAAAUUAUCGCGAAAAUAUGCCUCGGACCCCCCCUAGCAAACACAAUUAUCCUUCGGACCCUCCCUGGAAAAAUUUUCUGGAUCCGCGCAUGUGUAGUAUAUACCAGUAGUCAAAUAGAUUCUGUCAGAUAGCUAAUUAUGAAUGCUUAUGGCUUCAUCGGAUAUAUCAGACACUUCUAUUCUUUUCAUUUGAAGAUCGAAUGAGUUUGACCCUAUACACUGUUCUAAUAUUUUACAAAAUAUCUCAUUUUUUCAAUAUUUUUGUCCCCCGCCGCAACGCGGAGCGGGGACAUAGAAAUGCCGGGCGUCCAUGUGUCCGUCCGUCACACUUUUUUGUAAGCGCUCUCAUGCCUACAAAUUUUGACGGAUUUUCAUUAAAUUUAUACCAAAUGUUUAUACCACUAAUACUUUGGUCAAGUUCGAAAAUCAGCAUUGGUCGAUACUUUUUGUUGGAGUUAUGGGACUUUGAUCACAAUAAUGACUCUGUUUUAUCAAAAUAUUGACCUUGUAAGCACUCUCAUGCCUACAAAUUUUGACGGAUUUUCAUUAAAUUUAUACCAAAUGUUUAUACCACUAAUACUUUGGUCAAGUUCGAAAAUCAGCAUUGGUCGAUACUUUUUGUUGGAGUUAUGGGACUUUGAUCACAAUAAUGACUCUGUUUUAUCAAAAUAUUGACCUUGUAAGCACUCUCAUGCCUACAAAUUUUGACGGAUUUUCAUUAAAUUUAUACCAAAUGUUUAUACCACUAAUACUUUGGUCAAGUUCGAAAAUCAGCAUUGGUCGAUACUUUUUGUUGGAGUUAUGGGACUUUGAUCACAAUGAUGACUCCGUUUUAUCAAAAAAUUGACCUUGUAAGCGCUCUCAUGCCUACACAUUUUGACAGAUUUUCAUUAAAUUUAUACCAAAUGUCUAUACCACUAAUACCUUGGUCAAGUUCGAAAAUCAGCAUUAAUUGGUUGAUACUUUUUAUUGGAGUUAUGGGACUUUGUGACGGAUUUAUCACACUUUUUUGUAAGCGCUGUCAUGCCUACAAAUUUUGAUGGAUUUUCAUUAGAUUUAUACCAAAUUUUUAUACCACUAUUACCUUGGUCAAGUUCGAAAAUUAGCAUUGGUCGAUACUUUUUGUUGGAGUUAUGGGACUUUGUGACCUUGUAAGCGCUCUCAUGCCUACAAAUUUUGAAGGAUUUUCAAUAAAUUUAUACCAAAUGUUUAUACCACUAAUACUUUGGUCAAGUUCUUUUAGACUGUAGUAUUUUGGAUAUAUUUGCAACAGGAAAAAUAGAAAAAAAAUUGGGUGGUGGGGGUAAAAAAAUGUUCCUCCCAACCUCCCCACACAUUUAAUUCUGGAACAGCCCUGAGUGUUUGAAAAUAUUCCAAUAUACAGUAUACAUGUACUAGUAUACUGCUUGACCGGCGGGGGACCCAGGAAUUCUAUUCUUGUCCAUUUUAUAAGGUGGGCAAAAAUGACAUCAAAGCUUUGUAAAACACUUUUAUACUUUAGUACUUGUAAUAUUCUUCUGAUAUUAAGUUGUAUAUAAAGUAUAAAGAACAAACAUUCUAAGAAAGAUAACCAAAAACUUAGCACUGUACAAUUAAGCAAGAUAAAGAUAACUCUUUUAUCUGACCAGCUCUGUCUUUGUUUUGUAUAUCAGUUGAAAUAAAGGAUCAUUUGAAAGUGAAAAAUUUUAUCUGACAGGUUUUCUAAAAUGUCUUGCCAUUUUGAUCAAAGGCCGUGAGGAUGGUACAGAAGAUAGGCCACUGUAUACCGUACUUGUUUCUUAUAUUGCCAGUUUAAUUUCUGUGUACAUAGCUGUAUUGUAUGUUUCUCUCAGUGAUACCAUUGUAUUUAUAUGUAAAAAAGCAUCUGUGAUAAUUCUGUAUUUCUAUAUGUGACAUUUACUAUGGUAAUGAUUUUAUACUGUAAUUUCGUAACUAAUUUGUUAGUUAUUUGUUUGAAAUAAAUCACAAUGAACAGCUUACAUCCCUGAGUUUUUUUUGUCCUUUCUUGAUCCCAUUUUUGUAGAGGUUCUCUGUUUAGAGUGUUAGUUUUCAAAUACAUCUGGUUUGUAUGAAAUAAUCAUUUAAAGCAACCUUGGAAUUUUACCCUCUAAAGCCUCCUCAACUCUGAGAUUGAUAUAAUGUAGGAUUUAAAAACUUUCAUAAUAUUUAAUGACUUUCUUGUAAUAUUCAAAACAGGUUUAUAUCUCAUUUAAAAUUGCUGGUAAAAAUGAAAUUCUACCACACACUUGCCAUAUAAAAACAAAACAGUUUUUUUCAACUUAAUUGAUAUAUUUCCAUCAAAACCUGAAGGAAAAAAAAACAACAAAUGUAAGGCAUGAUAAUAGGAACAAGAUGAGAAAGUGCUGUCAUAAAUAUAACUCAUGAAACAAAACGCUACGAUACAAUCAAUAAACUCUGUAACAAAUAAAUGUACAUAUCCGAUACAUUCAAUAACAAGUUACUGAUUAAAACAAUACAAUAUGUAAGUUGUAGAGCCAUAGGUUUGUAAAAUAGAGGCCAUAAGCCAUCGGUACAAAUAGUUUAAAGUGUCACUCAAAUUAAUGUUGACCCUUUUUCAUAUUUCACAUAAAAUUUUGUAAGGAUUUGAUUGAUAUCAACAUAAACUAUUGCAUUUAAAAGGAAAAAUUUACAGAUUUCUUGAUAAUUCAAAAUUUGGAUAGUGAAGUAACAAAUUUAGUAAUGCAAACCAAAACAAUGCUAAGAAAAGCUAUGCAUGUUAACAGAAAGUUUUAUCAAUUACUUAUACAUGUCUUUAUGAUAUACAGAAAACUUUGAAAUACGGUAACACAAAGGUAUGUAUAAUAUGCUUUGAUACAGAUGUUUUAAGCAGCGACUAAUAAAACAAGAAAAAGAGAUCAGUAUAUUUUUUUGUAUAGCACUGUUAGGUGUUCAAAUAUUCUGAAAAGCAAGCAUGAUUGUAUAAAAACUAUAUAUGAAAAGUAUUGCACAAAACCACAGAGCAUCGCAAGAUUGUUUUAAAAAACGGAAUGUCAAAAGAGUUCCUUUUUUUGUUCCAAAAAAAAUUUUUAACAGAUAUGAAGAAAAGGUCAUGAUUUUAUGAUUUUACAUAUAAAUGUACAAGCAAUAUUGCAUGGUUUACUUUUUUAGUUUUGAGGUGUUACAAACGCUUGUGGAGAUACAACAAAGUGUACAUCAGUGACUUUUUUGUGUGGAAAUGCUAAUGUGACUAGAUACUAUAUCAUAUAGUAUAUGAUUCCGUAUGUACAAUUAUA